CCUACCUUCCAGUUCCAUUGCCCAUUUUUCCAUAUAUAUAUAUAUAGAGUUCACUAAUACUUCGAUCCUCUAAUUUUUCAAUAGUCAACGCUUGACUAUCUUAAUUUUUAAAAUUGAAAAUUUGGUCCCUAAAUUUUCAAAAAUCAUAACAAAAUGGUCAUUUUAGCCAUUUUUUCAAUAGUUUGGUCCCUAAAAAGACCAUUUUAUUAUAAUUUUUGAAAAUUCAAUGAUCAAAUUCUCAAUUUUAAAAAUUUAGGUAGUAAAGUGAUAAUAAUUGAAAAAUUAAAAGACCAAAGUGUUAGUGGACAUAUAUAUAUAUAUAUAUGCGCGCCAGUUCCCAGUGUCACUUCCAUUUCCCAUAUUAAUUAUAUUAUGGCUCGAGCUGGAGACGACCUUCCCCCGCAUCCUCAUCCCCAUGUAAACCCCAGCAAUGGCUUCUGCUCCGACACCAGAACCUAUCACAGCCUUCGUCCCCAGGUACCUCUCCCUCCCGUCACCCAUCCUCAUCCCCUCUCCGUCACCGACUACGCCCUCUCUCUCCUCCCUCCCUCCGUCUCCUCCUCCCCUUACAUCAUCGACGCCGCCUCUGACCAACGCCUUACCUUCUCCCGGACCCUCCGCCUCGCCAACUCCCUCUCCCUCCACCUCCGGGCCCGCCUCUCCAAGAGCGACGUCGCCUUCAUCCUCCUCCCUCCCUCCUUCAAUGUCCCCAUCAUCUACCUCUCCCUCGGCGUGGUUGUCUCUCCCUCCAACCCGCUGAGCUCCGCCUCGGAGAUCGCCCACCAGAUCCGUACCAGCAACCCCUCCAUCGCCUUCGCCACCUCCUCGACAUCCUCCAAGCUGCCUCCUAAUUAUAAACUCCGACUCGGUGUAGUACUCGUUGACUCGCCCGAGUUCGAGUCUGUUGUGUUGACCGGUGACUUAGUAUACCCGCCGGACGCUGAAGAUGACUCGAGCUCUGGCUCUGCGACCUCAUCACAUUCACCAUCAUCAUCUCUGCCGCUGAUGAGCAAUGUCAAUGGAGUCCAUCAAUCCGAUCCUGCGACAAUACUCUACUCCUCCGGCCCGACCGGCCGGGUCAAGGGGGUGCUGAUGACUCACCGGAACCUUAUCUCUAUGAUCGCCGGACGCUACCAUGCUCGGCCUGCUGCCGCCGAGCAGCAAACACCACGAGCUGUGUGUCUGUUUGCAUUGCCUCCAUUCCAUUCCUAUGGCUUCUUCGUGCUUAUCAGGAGCUUCGUGCAGGAGGAGACCUUGAUUUGGAUGCAGAGGUUCGAAUUUGAGGCGAUGCUCAGGGCGGUGGAGAAGUUUUCUCGAAAUGCUUCCCAUGAGAUGAAACAUACUAAUAUAGUUCGGAUUCUGGAACUGAUGAGGAAAUUCAUCAAACUGAGCCGCAGUAGGACACAUAUUCAAAGGAAGCUGAAAUUUGAUCAUCAUAUAUAUAUAUAUAUAUAUAAUUAUAACAUGAUAUUGUGAAUAUUUUCACGAGAAAGCAUAUAUCAUAAUAUUUUCACCAUAUAAUAACACACUAUCUAUUUUCCGUAAAAAAAAAUAAAAAAGAUAGACAAAAAGCUGACGUGACACUUUGACAUCAAAUAAUUAUGAUGGAAUCCAAAUAAUUAAAUAAAAUAAAAAUAAUAGGGAAUUUUAGACAAUACAGUACGAUUUUUUUUUUUAAUAAUUUUCACGAGACAACCCAAUUUGUUUCAUUUUCAUCGCAUACAAUACCAUCAAUUUUACCUAAAAAAUAAAAUAAAAGAGAAAGAGAAAAAAACUGAGGUGGCAUUUUCCGACCCUGCGUGCACGGGUAACCGAACAAAAAGCAAACAUUUCCAUCUGAUCUGAGAAAGCGGCGGGGUGACACAAGUCUCCGGUUUGGAUUUUCACGAUGUGUACACGGGAUCAA